GCCCGCCGGGCCGGCUGCUGCUGCCGGAGUUCCCGCGUGUGCGCGAGCUGCUGCUGCCAGCGGGCUCCGACGCCGAGCCGCUGGCGGGCUUCGUGGCCAUGUACCGGGGCCACUGCCAGCGGCUGCUUGACGAAUGCGCGCAGCCGCACGAGCUGGCGGGCGUGCUGCAGUGCGUGGCGCACUUCUGGCGCCGCGUGCCCGCGCACCUGGCGCCCCUGCUGGCCUCGAACGCCCUGGCCAACCUGGUGGGCGUCUGCGACGGCCUGCUGUACGGCGCCGUGGCCGACGCGCUGCUGCCCACGUACGCGCCGCCCCCGCACGACAGCAACGCGUGCCGGGCCGCACAGCUUCUGUCGGAGCAGCUCGAGCCGUGGCUGGAUGCGGCGCUGGCGGGAUUCCCGGCGCCGCUCAGGGCCAUCAAGCUGCACAUGUGCCGCCGGCUGUCGCAGGCGCUGCGCCGCCGCCUCUCGCUGGCCAAGCUGUGGCCCGCAUGGCGCGCCGCGGUCCCCUCGCACGACUGGGCCCUGCUGGACCUGGCCGCCGUGACCGCCGAGGCCGUGGCGCGCAGUCCCCGUCCGGGCACGCCCUCGCCCCGCUUCGUGUACGCGCGCGCACACGAGCUGUGCACGCUGCUGGGCUCCGACGAGCAGGCGCUGUCCGGCUGGCUCGAUGCCCUGGUGGAGCGCAGCGUGGCGUCGCCCGCCAGCGCCGCGUGCGCCGCCGCGGGACCCCUGGCGCGCCACUUCCUCGCCGUGUGGGGCGCGGCGGGCGCCGAGGCCGAGCGACAGGUACCCGCGCUGCGGCCGCUGCGCGCCCUGCUCGACGAGUGGGCACGCGCCCUGCUCGAGCGGCUUCUCGGGGACGCCCUGCUGCGGCAGCUGCUCGACAACGUCGCCAGCGACGCGCCGCCCGACGCUCGCUGCAUCGACGGCCUGCUGCUUGAACCUGCAGUUCACACAUGACCCACGGUCACCCCCUGCCAGUGUUUUCCAAUAUUCUCAAGUGCUGUGUGUGGCAGUGUACACAGCGGCAUUGCCUGACCAUGAACUUUGCUACGACACGAGCAGCUGUGAUGCCCGCCACGGCAGCAAACACCAGUUCUGCAAUCCAGAACCGUUGCCAAGCUUGAUGUGUGCGUUGU